CGUUUUGUGAGAAGCAACAGUGGGAUUUUGCAUUUUUCCAGUUGGGGCUAUCUGAGAAAGAGUCCAUUUAAAAGGACUUCCGUCAGGAGAAAGGAAGCUCUAAACUGCCAUUAGGAGCGUCAGCAUUCAGCAAGCGAAUCCCCCCUGUCUUCCUCCUUCCCUACAUCUCAUCUCUCUCUCUCUCUCUCUCUCUCUCUCUCUCUCUCUCUUUUCCAUGGCGGUUGACCUUCGCAAUUCCUCAGAUUCAUUCUUCGCCCAACAACUCGACUGGUCGUCUCCUUCUCUUCCCCAUGUCUCCUCUGCCACCAGCACCGCUUCCCUCUGCUCCCCGCUCGAGUCCGAGCUCGGCUCCACCGGGUCGGAGACGACGGAGAGCGACCAUGACGCCGGCGACGAUUAUAUUGUUGAGUUGACCCGGCAGAUGGCUGACUCCAUGUUCAGUGAGUUUGACGAUCUUAUGAGUACCAUCCACCCCGCCAAGGAGGAGGCGGAUAAGUUGGAGAAACAGGGGAAUUUUAAGGGACCGGUUGAGCAGGAGUCCAACACUAAUGUUAAUGUUAAUGGUGUGUUGAUUGAGAGCAGCCCUGUUUCAGAGCUGCAGAAGAAGCAGGCGCUGAUUGAUGAGCAAAUACGCUCUGUUCAGAUCCAGAGGCUGAAGCAGGACCAAACAACAAGGAAGCCGAAACAGCAGCAGCAGCAGCAGGGGAAAGGGAGCAGGGGAAAUCGCAGCAAGAACAGAGCUUUGGCAAAUGAGCCAGCCAACAAGGGACAAAAUCCCUCCUCGUGGAAGAACCCACCACAGCAGCCGAGGCCGGCGGUGACGAGGGCGGUUUUCCUCGGCGAUCCCGGUAGAAUCGGGUCGGCCGGCACCGGCGUGUUCUUGCCUAGAGGAACCGGGAACCCUACUAAUCCCGUCGAAUCACGCAAGAAGCCAGCAGGAUAUUCUACGGUGUUGAUGCCGGCGAGAGUGGUUCAGGCUCUGAAGCUCCACUUCGACAAAAUGGCAGCUGGCACCGCCGCAUCACCGCUAGAUCCGCCUCCUGCCGCCGCCUUGCCUCUCCCACCACAUGAUGCAGUGACGGGAGAUGUGAGGUACGCGUUCCUAUUGCAACAGAAAAGUCAUCCAGCAUCGGCGAAGCAGUCAAAGAAUAACCAGCAUCGACAUAAGCACUAUCAAGAUGUGGGGCUGCCUCAAGAAUGGACGUAUUAAUUAGGGCUUUUGCUUCAGCCGACGGAAACCAAAAAGAAAAAUAUUAUGCAGAAACAGAAGAUGACUGAUAGACUGACGGUUUCGUCAGGAAUAAACAGCAGGCAGCUGAAAUGGAAUCUGGUAGGGACGGACGAUUAGCAUGUAGCGGGGAAGGGAUUGGUUUUAUUUUUAUUUUUUAUUAUUGUUAUGUUAUGGCUUUGGAAAGAUGGAAUAGGUCGGCGACCGGCCGGAGUGAUCAAAAGAUGAAGGCCGGCCGGCCGGCCGGGUUUGGUUGUCGUUCUCUCGCUAGUAUCAUUAUGUGUUGGUUUUAGGGGUGUCUGAUUAUCAUUGUGUUAAGUCCUUCUGUAAUAAAGAUUCGCAGCCAUGUGCGAGCAUGACUAUGCUCCCAAUAAUGUUCUCCAUUAAUGCCUAGUUUGUUGCGGGAUAAUCAAUAAAAGCAAAACCCACUUCAUUUUAUAUUUCUUUAAGAGGAUAGAUCCUCGGUUCGGAGUGCAUACCUCAUAAUCCAAUUCAUGUCAAAACAAUCUUAACAUCCAAUUGUAUACUAAAGAAAUAAAAUUCAA